AUGGCUACGGUCGGGGCCGGGACGCGACUCUUCCUCAGCAACUGGGGCGUUGCCAGUGAUCCGCACACCUACAAUGCGCUGGGCAUCAAGUACGUCGUUAACUGCUCCUGCGAGCUGCCCUUUGCGGAUGAGGUUUUGAAUUUUCAGGGUCUUGGGACAGCUGACCCGCUACAUGAAGUUGAAGGUCUCCAGGGGCCCUUUGCGCAGCAACCCAUUCACACCGAGUUGCGGGUGAAGCUGGAAGGACGACUCCGAGUUCCUGUGCAAGAUGGCGCUGACCAGCGGAUUUGCGACCACUUCUUGGAGAGCUGUGAGUUCCUCGAGAGGGCGGUGGGCGCGCAGUCCGGGCACGUUUUGAUCCAUUGCAAGCACGGGCAAAGUCGUUCCGCCACAGUCUUGGCAGCCUUCAUGCUACACGUGGCCAAGCGGAUGGGCACACCAACAACUGCAGAAGAGGCGCUUUAG